AUGUCCCCCUCCAUCCUCGUAGUCCUCACCUCCCACGCCGACCUGGCCGACACAGGCAAAAAAACAGGCUGGUACCUCUCCGAGUUCUCCCACCCCCACCACGUUUUUGCGUCUUCCUCCCCUCCCCCCAAAAUCACCGUCGCCUCCCCCCGCGGCGGCGCCGCUCCCCUGGACCAGUCCUCCAUCGAAGCCGCCAAAGACGACGAGAUCUCUGUUGAGUUCUUGCACAAGCAAUCCGCCCUCUGGGAGGCCACCACUCCCCUUUCCCAGAUCCUUCAACAAGGCAUCGACAGCUACGACGCCCUCUUCUUCCCCGGCGGCCACGGCCCCAUGUUUGAUCUCGCCGGCGAUAAGGAAUCGCAGGAGAUUGUAAAGAGGUUUUGGGAGGCGGGCAAGAUCGUCAGCGCUGUUUGCCAUGGACCUGCCGCGUUGGUGAAUGUCAAGUUGAGCAAUGGGGAUUACCUCCUCAAGGGGAAGAAGGUGACCGCUUUUAGCAAUUCCGAGGAGGACGGCGUUGGACUUUCGGAGAAGAUGCCUUUCAUGCUGGAGACCAGGAUCAAGGAGGUUGGCGCGGAGUACGAAAAGGCUGGCCAGGACUGGGGGGAGAAGCUCGUUGUUGAUGGGAAGCUCAUCACGGGGCAGAACCCUGCAAGUGCAAAGGCGGUUGGAGAGGCUAUUCUGAAGGUUAUUUAG